AUGAGCAGAUAUAUCAACGAACGAGCUGCAUAUGCACAACUCGUAGGUGAUUAUGAAUGCCUUAUCAAGGAAUUUCAAAACCCAGAUGUUGAGGAGAUAGGUAACUACAAAGUUCUUCGGGUGUUAAGUGAGGGGCCUUUCGGGGUCGUAUAUCUUGCCCAGCAUAAGAUGUUACACUAUAAAGUGGUCCUAAAGAAAGGGGAAAGAGAUUUGUCAAAAAACGGGGACAAUAUCAUGAGGGAAUGUUACUACCUGAGAGAAUUUAAUCACCCCCAUAUAACAAAGAUCUUUGAAACUAUUUUUACGGAGAACUACGUCUACAUGUCCAUUGAGUAUUGUUGUCAAGGAGAUUUGUUUGAUUAUUUGAGUAAGAGGAGGCAGAUUCCGACAGAGGAGGCUGUCAAGAUUUUUUCCCAGCUUUGCGGUAGUGUUCAUUAUAUCCACAAAAGAGGCUGUUGUCACAGAGAUUUGAAAUUAGAGAAUAUAUUACUAGAUGAAGACAACAACGUCAAGUUAUCAGAUCUCGGGUUCACCCGAGAAAUUCCUCAUUUUUAUCCCAAUGGCAAUAGUGCUCCUAAUCCACAUUCUCCACUUCAUACCUUCUGUGGUACCACAGUUUACAUGGCACCUGAACUAAUACGGAGAGAGCAGUAUUCUGGUAUAAGAACGGAUCUUUGGGCUCUUGGAAUCAUAUUGUUCACCAUGCUGUAUGGAGAGAUGCCGUUUGACACGGAAGAUGAAAUACUGGAGCAGGAGCCCGUUUAUAAAGAUUUCAUUUCUCCGAGCAUUAUUGAUUUGUUGAAAACUCUUCUAAAGAAAGAUGCGAAAGAGAGGUUUGAUUCUCUGGAAGUUGUUUUGCAGGCUCCUGCCUUGCAGCCUUAUGGGGAGCAACAACUACAAUUACUUCAGGACUUGAGAAAACAGAAACUCCCAGAUUUCGAUUCGCCGUUAGAAAGACAUUUACUGAAAAAGAUUGACAGGAUUGGCAUUGAUAGAAAACUUCUCAAGAAGAGUUAUAGAAAUAGACAGUUGGAUUCUCUCGUGGGGUUUUGGAAUAUACUAGUUGAGAGAGAAAAACAUCAAUAUCACAAAAAAAAGAGACGGAAGAGUAAACUUGCCACUCGGAGUCGAAGCAUGCUGAAACUAAAUUCUAAUAGGAGUAUGAAUGGAAUUGGAUCACGGGACAGAUCCAUGCUAAGUAUUCCGGAACUACUACAAAACUUGCAAAUUCAAGGUCCUAGAAAAGCAGCCGCUAUUGAGAAUGCAAAUGGAAACGCAAUGACAAAUGGAACUUCAGAAGGACCCGUAUCUGAAUCUUCACCAAGAGAAUCAGAUGACUUUGCCUACCCUCAUCAGAAUCAUUUAUUCAGACCGGCGAGCUACAAUUCGAUAUUGAGCAACCCAUCUAUAAAACAGAAGCUUUCUUUAAAGUACUGGAAACAAAAGCUCAAACAGAUGAAAAAUGGGAGUAAAACUUCUUUGAAUUUCGAUGAGAAAAAGCGCAAUCCCUCACUUGUUGAUUCAAGGUUGGAUGUUGCUAAUCCGGAAGAUCGAUCCAAAAUUAGGGACAACACGCAUUUUAACUCCCAGUUGGGAUCCAUACCAGCCGGGGAGCCUACCAGUGGUUAUACUCGUCAACGCAGAGCCUCGGGGAGUGGAAGCAUAACUAAGAGACCAACUUCAGUAUUUUCUGCCUUCUCCCAGUUCUCUGAGACUUCAGGUGGAUCAGAUUACAAUGCUGGAUACUCUACGGAUAAUACAGUACAAAACACAAGCAAUAUUACAGAUAGAAAUCCUAAUGCACAGCCUGUCUACAAUAGGUCAAAAUCAAAUGAUGGUUUAUUUUCCACCAAAUCGAAGCAACCUGACAAUUUGACUUUGGAAUCCCCAACUUCAAACACAGAUCUCUCUCGGUGCAACUCACUCGAGUCUUCUUCGAUUAGCUUCUCCAGUAAAAGAGGUCGAAGAAGACACAACUCUCGUCUCCCCUCUGGAUCGGUCAUACGUACCAGGAGAGGAUUUGAUUUUAUUCAUAGAGGCAAAUCGCCUCUUGGGUUUUACGAAUGCGCCAUGUUCCCCGAUAGAAACAAAACAAGGGUUAAUCAAAAACCAAUUAUAGUUGAAGAAGAUUCCAGUAAGUUCUUUGAAGAGGAUGAAGAAGAUGAAGAGGGUGAAAAUGAGAUACCAAAUGGUUCUCAGCUGGAACCUCCUAUUCAACUGAUGAAGGUUGAUGGCAUGCAAAACUUGGUGAAUGGUGUGGAUACCGUUGGCGAUGUUUAUGAAGAUGAACACGAUGAAGAGGAUGACCAUGGCUUGGAGAUUAAAACUACUCCUCGUAUACAUCUUGACACCAGACCAGUAUUGCGAAGUGACUCUAAAGUCAUUUAUGAUUCUGCAUCCGACUCUGCCACUACAGGAGAUGAGGCUGACGAAGAAGAUGAAUGUGAAUUGGAAGAUGAAUCAACUGUAUUACAAAAGGGCCCCUAA